AAUGGAUUCUGACGAUCAAUCCAAUGACCAGAGUGUCUCCCAGAAUGAAGAAAAAGUUAAUGUAACUUCUCCAAAUGAGGAAGAGAAGGUAAAUGAUGCACAGAAAGAGAAAAAUGAUGAUAUUGAUGUUAAUGAUGUCAAUUCUAAUAAAAAGAAUACAUUGGUAAUCGACACUAGUAAGGAUAAAGGCAAAAACCUUCAGGAUAAUGAAGGAUAUGACCACCCUCAAAGAUUAGAAGUUGGCCAUAAAUGCAAAAAGGGAUGGUAUGAACUCAGGCCAAGAGGAAAACUCCCUGAGAAAAGGAGUUAUCAUUCAAGUGUUAUUCAUGCAGGAUACCUCUAUGUUUAUGGAGGUGAAGACUCCAGAGAAGGCAAGUUUGACAACCUGUGGAGACUCAAUCUUGAUGAGUUUAUUGAAAUAAGCGAGAAGCUUGAUGAAUCUGAAGAAAAUAAGGAUCUUGGGCAAGACCAAACAGAAGAGCAGAAAGAUGAUAGCAGAUUCAAAUGGGAACUCGUCGAAACCUCCGGAGCCCAGCCAGGAGAACUCAGCCACCACCAAUCUGUCCUCAUCGGCUCUGAAAUGUUCAUCUUCGGUGGAAUGAAGCCUGAUGGCGAAAGCAACAAGAACUUGUACUGCUUGAACCUUGAUUUCUUGGAAUGGAAGAUAAUCCACCCCGACGAGGAGGCUGCUCCACAAGGUCGGGACGACCAUAGCAUCUGCCAUUCUGAUGACUGUUUGUUUGUAUUUGGAGGGUUUGUGAAAGGAAAGAGAAUGAAUGACUUAUACCAAUAUAGUAUCGCAACCCAAAAUUGGGAAUUAUUAUCCGAGCAUCACGAACUUGAUGAAUUCAGCUCAGAAGAAUUAAAAUCGAAUUAUCCAGUCCCAAGAUGCGGUCAAGAUAUGAUUUUUCACAACAAUAAAAUCUAUAUGUUUGGAGGUAGAAAUGAUUUCAAUGAUAAGCUUGAUGAUACUUGGGAGUUCGAUAUCUCAUCUAAAUCAUGGAGUAAAAUUGAAUGAGAAGAAUCCCCAAUAGGUAGAAGCAGUCAUGCAUGUAUCGAACAUAACAAUAAAAUGAUAUUAUUUGGUGGUAUUGUGGAUAUAACAAAGGAAAUCAAUGAAAUUGACCAAUUCGACCUCAGCUCCAAAUAAAUGGAACUCCAUCGACGAUCAGUCUGAGCAAAGAAAGUACGCAGUCACCGCUUCUCCUCGUCCCAAUCCUAAAAGAGAAAAGAUGAAUGAGACUGCACCAGUGAGAGGCGGCCAGAACGACUUGUCCAAUGCUACUUUGAGAAGAGAUGUUGGCAACAAGUCGAUGAAGAAGUUGCACAAGAAGGAGGACAUCACCAAGCCAGACGAGAAGGACCAGAACUUUCAUUUGUUGAAGGACAUUCCUAAAUACAAUAAGAAGAAGGCUAAGGACAACUUUAACCAAGGAGAAUUUGAUAACAAUAAUGAGAGACUGAAGACUCCUAUAAGCAGUAAUCUAGAAAACACAUUCAUCAUCAAAAAUGAUAAUGAUAGGUUCGAUCAUUAUUAUGCCCACAUGAGGAGAAAGAAAGGAGAUACUUUCAAAAAUAGUGCAGCUUUUGCUGGGCUUUUUAAUCAUUGUCUCAAGCCUUGUGAUAGACCUACUGCAAGGGAUGGACAUACCAUCGGAGUAUAUAAAGAUAGAUUGUAUGUAUUUGGAGGAGAUAGACAUCACAUGCCAUAUAACGACACAUUCAGUAUUGAGCUUUAG